CAGCUGUAAGGAAUGGAGUCGCAAUCGCCUGAUUCGGACGCGAGCGUGGAUGAGUCUCUCUUCGCUCUCUUGCUGGACUUGGGGAUCCCGGAGGCUGCGGCGCGGAGGGCUCUGGCGCUCACUGGGGGCCAUUCUGCUGAAGCGGCGGCGCAGCUUUACUUCAGUAGCGGUCUCGAUUCCCAGGAUGAAGAUGAGGCACAGGGCAGUGAUGUCAGUCUUCUCCCAAGCAGAUACUACAAGAUGGUCUUUGUGGUGAACAUGGAACUCUCCAUGGGGGCUGGAAAGAUCGCUGCUCAGGUGGGGCAUGCAGCAAUUGGCUUGUUCCAGCUGGUGCACGAAAAACCAAGUCAGAAGGACAUGAUCAGUCAGUGGGAUGAGCAUGGUGCAAAGAAGGUUGUACUUCAGGGAGCCAACACAGACCAGUUGCUGGAACUGCACGCACUAGCCCUGAGUCUAGAAUUGCCAACAUACCUAGUGCAAGAUGCUGGAAGGACACAGGUCCCAGCUGGGUCACAGACAGUCCUUGCCAUCAUGGGAGAAGAAGAGCUGGUGAAUCAGGUGACUGGGCAGCUAAAACUGCUGAACUGAGAUGUUUUGAAGUUUGGCUGUCUGUGGAAUCCCUGGACAGCCUGAGCUGCCUCCUCCUUUGGCAACAACUCAAGGAACACCUGAGUAGAACAGAAACCCCAAGGGGCAGCUCUCCUUUGUAAGAGGAGCUUUCUUCUAGACAAUGGAAGUGGUACAGUUCUCCUGAUCCAGAUUUUUAAUGAACUCCCAAAUGGCUCUGGGUGAAGAUGGGACGCCCUGUUCUUCACCAUUUCUAAGCCAGCUGAUCUGUGCAAGUAAUGCUUAGGCUUUUUCAGUUAAGGGGAAACUGCAAGGAUCAUCCAAGGUUGCUUUCCCCUCCUAAUGCCCUUCAAAUGUAUUUAGCAUAAUCCCAUUAACCCCAGUCAAGUAUGGUCAACCCCUAUCUUCCCCAAGUAGGAAGGUGCAUGUUACUGUAGUAUAAAUUCUCACACCAUUUGGAUAUCUUGUGCCAAGAGCAUCCCACUUUUUUUUUUCCCCCAGCAGUGUCAAAAGGAACAAAAGUGUUGCAAUUUUUGGGGAGCUUCAUCUGUGGCUUGUCUGCUAGGGCUUCUCUUCAACAGCCAUUGGAGAGCCAAAGGUUGGCUGCUCCUGUUUAGAAGGCUGUAACUUGUUUAGCUAAAAUGUAUAUUGUAAUUGGCGGUGUCCAUUUGUAUCUUAUUUUUAACCUCCACAAGUGGGUUGUUUCUUGCUUUAUGACAUCCUUUGUGUCAGCUUUCCAAAUGGCUUUGAAAAACUGGAUUGUUAAAGCAACGCUAGCCCUAUUCCAACAUUUAACAAAUAGCUAAACUAAAGAAUUGUGGUCAUCAUUGGCAAAAGUUUUGUUCAGUAACAUGAAGGUCUAGAUUUUCCCAUCUUAGAACAACUUUAAGUUUGUUUCUCUGUUCUCAAAAGACUUAAGAAAAGGCCAAGAUUAUUUAGCAGGUCUGAGAGAGUCUUUUUUUAAUAUCUUUGUUAAAUUGGUAACCAUUAUUUUUUUCUGGGUUUUUUUUUACUCUGGUCCUGUAACUCUUUGCCAAUACUAAUUUUUGCAAAGACCCCCAAGGGUGGUAAUUCUAGACUUAUGUGACUGACACUAGAAAUAACCUAGAGAAUUUCAGGAAAACCUAAAUUGCAUAGUUUAGGUUAGCUUUUAAGAAAUGGCUAAGUUGAUCAACUAGCUGGUCAAGUCUGAUAUGGUAUGUUCCAACAUAGUUACCAAAUUUUUCUCCCUGGCAGAGUUCUUUUAAGCACCUGGCAAUCUGAAAUUUAAUACUUGUCAUUUUUCCCCAAUUUGUAGAAAAACUAAAGGUUGGAUUUUUGUGUUUGUUAGAGUACUACUCUAGAUGCUACUGUCAAUACACGCUAUGCAUUUUGU